AUGAUUAGAGCUCUUUGGAAGAAGAUGUUUGUUAAUUCUCCAGGGAAGGUAGUAGUCAUUGCUGGUACUACAGGUGUAGGUAAAUCACAGCUGUCUAUCCAGCUGGCUAAAAAGUUUAAUGGUGAAGUGAUCAACUCGGACUCCAUGCAGGUCUAUAAAGGGUUACCAAUUAUCACUAACAAACACCCAAUUGAAGAAAGAGAUGGUAUUCCUCAUCAUGUUAUUAACCAUGUGGAUUGGUCGGAGGAGUACUAUUUACACAGAUUUGAAAAAGAGUGUGUAGAUGCUAUAGAGGAUAUCCACCAACGAGGAAAACUAGCAAUCGUCGUAGGCGGUACACAUUACUACUUGCAAGUGCUAUUUAACAAACAUGUUAAAUCUAUCCAAAGGGACGUCACUAAGGAAGAAAGAGAACUGCUCAAUUCGGGAAAUGGUCAACUCAUUUAUGAUACUCUGAAAAUGCACGAUCCAGCAAUUGCUACCAAAUUUCACCCUAAUGACACGAGAAGGGUACAAAGGAUGUUAGAAAUUUAUUAUGAAUCUGGGAAAAAACCUAGUGAGACCUAUGCAGAACAAGAAAUUUCAUUGAGAUACGAUACGCUGUUUCUCUGGCUUUAUAGCGAUUCAGAUGCACUAGAACAGAGAUUAGAUGACCGUGUAGACAAAAUGUUAGAAACAGGUGCUAUGGAAGAGAUCAAGGAACUGUACGAAUACUUCCAAAAUAACAAAUAUACCAUAGAACAAUGUGAAAAUGGUGUUUGGCAAGUCAUUGGAUUUAAAGAAUUUCUACCAUGGUUGAUAGACGAGAAAAAAAAUAUGAAGAUAGAAGAUGGGGUUGAACGUAUGAAGAUCCAUACGCGACAAUAUGCUAAGAAACAAGUUAAAUGGAUACGGAAAAUGUUAAUACCAGAUGUGGACGGAGACGUCUAUGUGUUGGAUGCAUCUGAUUUAUCACAGUGGCACGAAAAAGUAUUAGUACGAUCUACAAACAUUACAAGGCAAUUCUUUGAAAAUAAACCAAUUCAAGAUAUACGCGCGCCUGAAAGACUAAAGGGAUUGCUAGAUAUUGGGAAAACAAAAGAUAAAAGUCAACGAGAUUGGCAACAGUACGUGUGUACUGUUUGUCGCGACCAGCAGGAUAAGGAACUUAUAGCCAUUGGUGAGACAAAUUGGCAAAUCCAUUUGAAAAGUAGAAGACAUAGGUCAAACCUCACUAAAGGUGCGAGAAAAGCCGCUUACGAAAAAUGGAAGGCUGAAAAAGGUGUUAAUGAUGAUGAAAAAGAGCAUUAA